GGUGGAGGGAUGGCUAGCGGCGCUCUCUCCCUCGCGGUGCCAGCCGGAGAAGAGAGCAGCGACAGCGACGACGACGGCUGGGUCGUCGGCUCCGUCGAGGCGGCUCCUCAGAAGCACCAACUGGAUGACAUAUUGCAGUCAAAUGACAAAGAUGAAGCAUUGAAGAAAGCAUUGCUGGCUGGAAACUUGCCUGCUGUUGAAGAGCUUUUAAAUUCAGGUGUAAGUGUGGAUUCUACUUUUAAGUUUGGAUGGACUCCUCUGAUGUAUGCUGCAAGUGUCUCAAAUGUGGAACUCAUGCAUAUCCUUCUGGACAGAGGUUCAAAUGCAAGUUUUGAUAAGGAUCAAUAUACAGUAUUGAUGGCUGCAUGCACAGCACAUACUUCAGAAGAGCAGAUUUUAAAGUGUGUAGAACUGCUUCUCUCAAGAAAUGCUAACCCUAAUGCUGCUUGUAGGAAGAAAAUGACUCCAUUAAUGUAUGCAGCCCGUGAAGGCCAUCCUCAAGUUGUAACUCUUCUUGCUGCUCAUGGAUCACAAAUAAAUGCUCAGGAUGAACGUGGUUACACAGCAUUAACAUGGGCAGCACGCCAAGGUCAUAAAAAAGUAGUCUUCAAGUUGCUCGAAUUGGGAGCUGAUAAAUCAAUACAGACCAAAGAUGGACUGACAGCAGGAGAGAUUGCUAAGAGCAACAAGCAUUCAGAGCUUUUUAGCUUACUUACAUUGAGUAAACACCCUUUCCAAGAAAAAUUCAACAACCUGACUAAAGAAGAGGCUAUUCACAAACUUCUGAAAGCAGUUCCCAGUACAUUUAAAAGCCAGAAAACCAGUUCUUAUGCAGCCUUUGGUGACCUGGAGGUGUUUUUACAAGGCCUUGAGCUUGAACACUUAACAGAGGUCCUGAAGGAGGGAGAGAUUGGUUUAAGGGAGCUUUUGACCAUGGGCAACAAGGACUUUACACAGCUUGGAAUUACGAAUACCAGAGAUCAGCAGAAAAUCUUAGGUGCUGCUAAAGAAGUGCAGAUUGAAGAAGUAAAGUUGGAAGAGUUGUCCAGAGUGGUGAAUUUGGAACUCAGUGGUGACGAGUUUCUUUCUUUCCUUGUGAAACUAAACAAACAGUGUAUGCACCUUACAGCUGCUGUGCAGAGUGCGGUUAAUCAGUUCCCUACAGAUGCUCACAAGUUGGUUCUAGAAUGGAGUCCACCUCAGAAGCUUGCUGAUGUUUGUGGAAAGCUUGUUUCCAGUGCUGAGGAUCUGACUGGAGAAGCUACCAAACUGAAAAGCCUCAUGCAAAAGCUGCAUGAUGGACAGAAAGACGACCCUUGCCGAAUACAUCCUUGGGUGGAAAAACGCUGGUGGAAGAAGCCUUAUGUUAAAAUAGUAGCAGUAACAUUGGCUGGGUCUGCUUGUGCCAUUUUUAUCAUGAAGUUAACUUUAAGGAAGAGCUGAGCUGGGAGUCAUACAUAAAACAACUUUUAAAUAUAUUUUCCAACAUCUUGAAUUGUAGCUAAAUUGGUAUUAACGUUCAUGGUUUCAGGAGUGUCAGUUUUAUAAUAGUAAAAGCAUUGUAAUUUCCAUAUAUUUGCUUCAUUUAUUUUUUUAAAUUAUAGAAUCUCUUCUCCUUGGCUCAAUUUCUGUCUCCUUUCCAGAUACCAAUCAGGAAACUAUGCUCUUCUUUAUUGCCAGUUUAUAGCAUGUUCUCCUUCACAGGACAGCCAGACAUGUGCAGCAAGGGCUUCCCUUAACAGAUAUAGAUAAACUGCUGGCUGCAAGCAACUGAUAUUUCUCCCCCUACUUUGUGAAUGAUGAGAGAGGCCAUUGUUGCUUUGGCCACCAGGCAGAUAGUUCAGUGAGGAGUUCUAGAGAGAUUAACAAAGGGGCAAAGGGGGCAGUUUCCCAACUGGUCCCCAUAUAAUGGGUGCUGGCUGGCAUUAUAGGGGAUCCCUCCAAAGGAGGUUGCAGGAAUGUUGGGUGGAGUUGCUGGAACUCCCUUGCACAAUUUCUGUGUUUUCUCUUGCUGAGGGACAUUAUAACAGACUCUGGCUUGUUCAGUCACUUUGCAGAGAGAUGGAGCACCAUGAGAUGAAGGCUAGGUCUGUGGCGUGCUGAACUCUCCCUGAGUGUUGGCCAAAGUGGAACUGGAGAGACAUGGUAGGCAGAAAGGUGGAAAUGGUCUCUUCCUUCUCUGAAACACCUCAAUGACUGCCAAAAGAGAGAGCAAGGUGCUUCAUGUGAGAGGCUGAAAGAGGCAGCCUUGCUACUCUGUCUCAUGUCCAUUCCUUUAGCAGGAGGCAUGCAGAGUGGAGGACCAAAGAGUAUUAGGGUCUAUCACUAUCUUUUU